CAGGCCAACUGCAACGAAGAAGAACGAUUCCGGAAGUUAGUGUCUGUCAGCUGAACGUCAGGGAAGACUGCGGGAUAGAAAACCAAAUCAUUUUAUUGUAAAAUGGCUUUUGUGUCCAACAGUGAUGAUUUAUUUGACUCCAUUGUCAUGGCUGAUGACAGGUUUUAUGAUGAAGCGUAUCAGGAAGGUUUUGAGGCGGGAACUCGUCAGGGAACCAUCGAGGGCAGAAACCACGGGCUGCUUCACGGAGCCAAACUCGGUGCAGAGGUUUCUUUUUAUUAUGGAUUUGCCCUUGCAUGGAAAUGUCUCUUUCAAAACAGUAGUGAUGUUAAAGCAAGAAAAAGGCUGAAAGCUAUGGAAUCUUUGAUUGGAUUGAUCCAAAACUUUCCAUAUGAGGACCCUAAGCAUGAGAAGCUUCAAGAGAACAUGGAAAGGCUGCGUGCCAAGUUUAGACAGGUGUGCUCUUUACUGAACGUGGCAACAGACUUUAAAGAAUAUAUAAGAGGAUCAACAGGAAUGUCCUUCUGAGAGAUGGCAGGAGCCUUACAGCAGCCAUGGCAAACUCCGAGCGCCUCCUGUGAGCACGCCAUGAUGAUCUUCUGCAGACAGACAGUCUUGAUGAAGGGGUUUGUGGUGUUUACGUGCCGUGUGUAUAAGAGAGGACUGUUAUCACUCUCACUGGACUCGUAAGUCUGGAUUCUGGAACAGCUCUUUAAACUGAAUUCUAGAAAACACAGUGGAAGAAUUUGAGUGAUAUUCUUAGGUGUUUGAGGCUUUUAAAGUGAGAUCAACAGGGGUGAAAUAGCAAUGGCAGUGAUAUGAGUUAAUGUAAGACAAGCCAAAGCCACCUUCUUCAUAAGAAUAUUCCAUCUCCCAAGAUGAUUUUUU